AUUUACAGGAAUUGCAAUCACCGGUGUAAUUAGUUAAUCAAUAAUGGAUGGGAGAGUAAGGCAAGAAAAUCAAGUAACUGUUGAACAAACACCGACUCGAAUUGGUGAUAAUGAUACAGAUAACUCGAAUUUUAUUGUCGAAGGUUCGGCGAAAUUAGAUAUCUCCAGUCCGACCCCAGCAUUCUACAAUCCUGCGCAGCAGUUCAAUCGUGAUUUGACAAUUUUGGUACUGCAACAAUUCGUGGAAGAUCGAAGAAAGGAAUUGGAAGAAAAGAAGUGUAAUGGACAGAAUGGUGACGCGGAACCACCAAUAAAACGAUCACGAAAAUGUGGAGUCCGUGAUGAUUCUGAAAUACGUAUUUUGGACGCUUUGUCCGCAAGUGGUUUAAGAGCUAUUCGUUUUGCUAAGGAGGUCCCAUUUGUAGCUAAAAUAAUUGCAAAUGACUUUUCGGAACAAGCUGUGAGUUCAAUGAAUAAAAAUAUUGAAAUGAAUGGUGUUCAGAAUCUUGUGGAAUCAAGAUGCGGCGAUGCGGUAGAUGCUAUGAUGUCUAAUCGUUCGUUUGAUAAGCGAUUUCAUGCAAUCGAUAUUGAUCCGUAUGGUUCAGCAUCAAUGUUUCUCAGUUCUGCGGUGCAAGCUGUCACGGACAAAGGUAUUUUAAUGGUUACUUGUACAGAUAUGGCUGUCCUGUGUGGUAAUACGCCUGAAUCAUGCUAUAAUAAAUAUGGUUCUGUUGGCUUACGACAUAAAAGUUGUCACGAAUUCGCUAUUCGAGUUUUGUUGAGAGCAAUUGAUACACAUGCAAAUUGUUAUGGAAGGUAUAUCGAACCAUUACUUUCAGUAAGCAUCGAUUAUUAUUUGCGAGUUUUCGUCAGAUUACAUACAAGUGCGUUCAUCGCCAAGGAUAGUGUAAUGAAGGUAUCACAUGUAUUCGCAUGUACUGGAUGCCAUUCAUUACACUUGCAACCACUUGUGAAAAAAAUAACAAACGGAAAUAGUAUAAAAUAUACACCUAAAACAUUUGAUGUAACCUUGUUGGAUAAGGAUGGAAAAUGCGUGCAUUGCAAACAGUCGGUACAUAUGGCUGGUCCAAUCUAUAGUGCACCAAUACAUAAUCAACAGUUUGUAAAUAAACUUUUGCAAAGGUUGAAAACACUUCCGGAGGAAAAACGAUCAGAAACGUAUUUGCGUACAGUUGGAGUUCUAACUGUUAUUGCUGAGGAAUUAUCAGAUAUCCCUCUAUAUUACGAAUAUGAUCAAUUGAUGCAUGUUGUGAAAUCAGCAGUGCCAAAAGCAGUUGACUUUCGUUCAGCACUCAUGAAUGCAGGCUAUCGUUGUUCCAUUUCUCAUUGCAAUCCAAAAGCAAUCAAAACCGAUGCUCCAACAUCAUUUUUAUGGGAUAUCGCCCGAACUGUGGCGAAGAAUAAUAAUGUGACAAGCGAGCGUUUUACAGAGGAUUGUGCCGGUAAAGUCGUUUUAGAACAGGAAAUAAAGCAUGAAAUCGUUUUUCGGAUGCAUCCGGAAGCUCUGGAGAAAAGUAAAAUUGAUUCGUUGCUACGUUUUCAACAGAGUAAAGGUAAGAAUAUGGGGCCAAAAGCAAAGACGAAAGGUUCGGUUUCUUCGACCCAAGCUGGCUUUCAGAUACCACAGCAGGCCGAAAAGAAAUGAAUAAUUGUCUCAUUUUGGAAUUUUAAAAAUUUUCACUUUUCCAUGUUUUUAGUAUUCUAUGUCUUUAGUAUUCUUGCGCUCUCUUAAAUAUUUUAAAUAUUUUGAUUUUUUAAGCAGAAUCUAUAUCGUAACUUGUACACUGAAACAAGUUAUAAUACAAAUUUUGGUACGUGGAAAACUUUUUAUCAAGCAAAUAAAUGUU